AUGCUAUCCCGCGCCCGGCGCCUCCACCCCGCCAUCCGCUGCCUCCUCCGUGCAACCGCUGCACCCUCGUCUCCUCACCCUCUUCCCACACAACACAUCCUAACUGGCUCCCAAAUCCCUAAACCCUUCCCCCUCCUGCGCCGCCACCUCUCGUCCCCACCGGCGCCGGUGUCUUCCCCUCCGGCGGUGGUGUCUUCUGACCUCCCAGCCGUCUGUACCAAUGGCAAGUGCCCGGGUUGCGGCAUCGCCAUGCAGUCCGCCGACCCGGCCCUCCCCGGCUUCUUCAACCUCCCAUCCCCCAAGUCUCCCGACUACCGCGCGCGCCUCGCGCCCGUCACCGCCGACGACACCGGCAUCUCGGCCUCCCUGAAAAGCGGGCUCCUCCAGGAGGGCCAAGAGAACUCACGGGAGGGCGGGGCGGUCGCGGUGGUGGCGGCGGCAGCGGAGGCGGAGGCCGAGAAGAAGAGCAAGGUGGUGGUGUGUGCUCGGUGCCACUCGCUGCGCCACUACGGCCACGUCAAGCGCCCCGACGCCGAGGUCCUGCUCCCGGACUUCGACUUCGUGGCCGCCGUCGGCCCGCGCCUCGCGUCGCCCUCGGGGGCCAGGUCGCUGGUGCUGCUCCUCGCGGACGCGUCGGACUUCGACGGCUCCUUUCCGCGCGCCGUGGCGCGCCUGGUCGCCGUCACCAGCGAGGCCCACCACGCGGACUGGAAGCGUGGUGCGCCGUCUAACCUCCCCCGCGCAGUGCUCGUGGUCACCAAGCUCGACUUGCUCCCGACGCCGUCGCUUUCCCCCGACGACGUGCACGCGUGGGCGCAGGCCCGCGCGCGCGCCGGUGCUGGCGCGGACCUGCAGCUGGCCGGCGUUCACCUUGUCAGCGCGGCGCGAGGGUGGGGGGUGCGCGACCUGCUCAACCACGUGCGCGAGCUCGCCGGGGCGCGCGGCAAGGUCUGGGCUGUUGGCGCGCGGAAUGUGGGCAAAUCGACGCUGCUGAAUGCCAUUGCUCGGUGCUCUGGGGCAGAGAGCGGGCAAACCUUGACAGAGGCGCCUGUUCCGGGAACAACCCUCGGGGUGAUCCGGGUGGAUGGCGUUCUUGGUGCUCAGGCCAAGCUGUUUGAUACUCCGGGCCUGCUUCAUGGACACCAGCUGACGUCCAGACUUACACCCGAGGAGCAGAAGCUUGUUCAAGUGAGGAAGGAGAUGCGACCCAGAACAUACAGAAUAAAGGCAGGGCAGUCCAUACAUAUAGGAGGGCUAGUGCGCCUGGAUGUGGAAGACUUGACUGUAGGAUCAAUCUAUGUUACAGUUUGGGCAUCACCACUUGUGCCACUUCACAUGGGGAAGACCGAAAAUGCAGAGUCUAUGAUGAAAGAUCACUUUGGCUUACAACUGCAGCCCCCUAUAGGCCAGAAACGAGUGAAAGAGCUUGGGAAAUGGGUGAGGAAACAAUUCAAAGUUUCUGGAAAUAGUUGGGAUGCAAAUACUAUGGAUAUAGCCAUUUCAGGUCUUGGCUGGUACGGAAUUGGGCUGAAAGGAGAGGCAGUAUUAGGGUUAUGGACAUAUGAUGGUGUUGAUGUUGUCCCCAGGAGCUCCCUUGUCCAUGAGAGGGCAUCGAUUUUUGAGGAAACAGGAUUCUCAGUUUCAAAAGUCGUCUCACGGGCAGAUAGCAUGACGAAUAAGCUGAAAGGCAAUAAGAAAACAAGCAAGAAGGAGAUGAAAGCCGGUUCACAUUCUUCUGAAGUAUCGGAACUUUCAGAACUUGCUACGGUCAUAGAUGCUUGA